GGCAUCUGUAAACUGGUUACUUCACGAGAAACCUCCGAAGUUACAGCACUGCAGUUAAUGCCCGGUGAAUUGUGUGUGGUUUAUUUAUCGGUUUAUUAUUGUUUUGAUAAGUGUUUAAUUAAGUGAUAUAGUUAACUAUACUUUAGCAUGCUGCUGCCCUGGUUGGUGGCUGCGCUGGCGGCGUCGGCUGCGGCGCUGAACAACGGACUGGCCCUGACGCCUCCCAUGGGCUGGCUCACCUGGGAGCGGUACCGCUGCAUCACUGACUGCAAGAAGUACCCUGAUGAGUGUAUCAGUGAGGCGCUGAUCAAGAGAACAGCAGAUCUGAUGGUGAGCGAGGGCUACCUGGCGGCGGGGUACGACUACCUCGGCAUCGACGACUGCUGGCUGGAGAAGGAACGAGGACCUGAUGGUAGACUGGUGCCCGAUAGGGAACGGUUUCCUAAUGGAAUGAAGGCUGUGGGGGAUUACAUCCACAGUAAAGGCUUGAAGUUCGGCCUCUACGAGGACUAUGGGAACCUGACCUGCGCGGGCUACCCGGGGGUGCUGGGGAAUGAACAGCUGGACAUUGAUACCUUCGUGGAGUGGGGCGUGGACUACAUCAAGCUGGAUGGAUGCUACGUGGACGAGGCACAGAUGGAUGAAGGGUAUCCCGCAUACGGCAAGAUGUUGAACCAGACCGGACGCCCGAUACUAUACUCCUGCAGCUGGCCAGCCUAUCAGGAGGACUACAACGUUAAAAAGAAAUAUAUCUUCACUCCAGACUACGAGUCAAUAUCGAGGCACUGCAACCUGUGGAGGAACUGGGGAGAUAUCGACGACUCGUGGUCUUCCAUGAAGGAGAUCAUGACCUGGUUCGGAGACAACCAGGACAGGUUCGCCCACUUCGCCGGUCCAGGCAACUGGAACGAUCCUGAUAUGUUGCUGAUCGGUAACUUCGGCCUGUCUGUAGACCAGGCGCGGGUACAAAUGGCUGUGUGGUCAGUUCUGGCCGCGCCUCUACUCAUGAGCACAGAUCUGGCAAACAUGAGGGAUGAGUUCAAGGAGAUUCUACUGAACAAGGACAUUAUUGCCGUCAACCAGGAUCCGAUGGGGAAACAGGGGCUGAGGGUGUUUAAGAAUAACCAGACGAAGAUCUCAGUGUGGAACCGCCAGCUCCACGACGGCUCCAACGUAUUGGCUUUCGUGAGUGAAAGAGAAGACGGCAGCCCGAGGUCGUACUCCUUCUCUUUCUCUCAGAUGCAGCUGCCACAGAACUCUUACCGUGUGCAGGACCUGUACCACCUAGAAGAUGACCGCAUUUUAAAAUCGAUGGAAGAUUUUGAAGUGCGGAUAAACCCUACAGGUUGUAAGUACUACAAAUUCACUAUCAUCCCAUCAGAUGAAUCGGAUGAAGAACAAAAGACUGUUGAAAACAAAAUAUAACUAGCUACUUAGGAAUAGGUAAUCUAGUUACCUUUGUAUUAAGUACCUAUGUUUUAAUGUGCCACUUACCCACUAUGAAUGGAAUGAGGAUGGAAACUAGCGAAACAUGGGCGAAACUUUGGCAGCACUGACAAGAAGUGUAACUAAUACCUAAUGCAAUCUAAUCAGAAAACUGACAAAAUUACUUAAAUGUCGCCUGAAUCAAAAAACAAGAAGAGAUUAAUUAGGUUUAGUCAUUAACCAAUGGAGUCAUCUUUAGUAGUUUUCCUUCCCAUUCAAAUUAUUGUAAGUAGAUAAUAAGUACAAAUACACUCAUAGUAUAGUAUUGUAAGGGAUGGUAAAGCAAAUAAAAUUUCUAAAAACAG